AUGGGAGUUCCCGCAUUCUUCCGAUGGCUGACGAAAAAAUACCCAGCAACGGUUGUCAAUGCGAAUGAAGAUAGGCAGAGAGAUGCUGAUGGCAAACGAGUACCGGUUGACUGCACUCAACCAAAUCCGAAUUUUCAAGAGUUCGACAAUUUGUAUCUAGAUAUGAAUGGAAUCAUUCAUCCUUGUACACAUCCGGAAGAUCGACCUCCUCCCAAAAAUGAAGAUGAGAUGUUCGCUCUCAUUUUCGAGUAUAUCGAUCGUAUCUACUCGAUUGUCAGACCAAGAAGACUCCUCUACAUGGCUAUUGACGGGGUCGCUCCUAGAGCAAAAAUGAAUCAACAGCGUAGUCGUCGUUUCCGUGCCAGUAAAGAAAUGGCCGAGAAAGCAGCGAGUAUUGAAGAACAGAGAAACCGUCUUAUGGCGGAAGGAAUUGCAGUUCCUCCGCCGAAAAAGGAAGAGGCUCAUUUCGACAGUAAUUGCAUUACUCCUGGAACACCAUUCAUGGCACGAUUGGCUGAUGCUCUUCGCUACUAUAUUCAUGAUCGCGUGACUAAUGACGCCUCGUGGGCUAAUAUUGAGAUCAUUCUCUCCGACGCCAAUGUUCCAGGAGAAGGUGAGCACAAGAUUAUGGACUACAUCCGAAAGCAGCGUGGAAACCCUGCUCACGAUCCGAAUACUGUUCACUGUCUUUGUGGAGCCGAUGCUGAUCUCAUUAUGCUUGGAAUUGCUACACAUGAGGCUAAUUUUAACAUCAUUCGAGAAGAAUUUGUACCGAAUCAGCCAAGAGCUUGUGAGCUUUGUGGACAGUAUGGCCAUGAACUGAAAGAGUGUAGAGGUGCCGAAAAUGACACAGAUCUUGGUGACGACUAUUGCAAACCAGAGCAACGAGAGAAAAAUUUCAUCUUCCUCCGAAUUCCUGUUCUCAGAGAAUACCUCGAGAAAGAAAUGGCUAUGCCAAAUCUUCCAUUCAAAUUUGAUCUUGAGAGAGCUCUUGACGACUGGGUCUUCCUCUGCUUCUUCGUCGGAAACGAUUUCCUUCCUCAUCUUCCAUCUCUUGAAAUCCGCGAAGGCGCUAUUGAUCGCUUAAUCAAGCUUUACAAAGAAAUGGUCUAUGAAAUGCGUGGUUAUUUGACAAAAGACGGUAUUCCUGAACUAGACAGAGUUGAGAUGAUCAUGAAAGGAUUGGGAAAAGUAGAAGACGAAAUUUUCAAGCGAAGGCAGCAAGAUGAAGAAAGGUUCAAGGAAAAUCAAAAGAACAAGAAGGCUAGAAUGGAUCAGUAUGGAAGAGGUAGAGGACGCGGUCGUGGUCGUGGUCGCGGACAGCCAGCAUACGUUCCAACUUUUGGAAUUUUGGCACCAAUGUCAGCUCCGAUGCAUCAUUCAGGAGAGUCAACGAGACAAAUGGCUUCAGAUGCGAGACAGACCGCUAUGCAGUUCAACACUACAAAUGAUGCUAAUGCUCAAGCAGCAGCCAAUCUCAAAGCUCUAUUGAAUGUGAAAGGAGAGGAAUCACCAGCUGAUGUGGCAGCUAGAGAAUCAAGAAAACGCAAAGCUGAAGAGCCACUCGUGGUACCAGAAGAAGACGAGGAACCAAAAGACGAUAUUCGGCUUUUCGAAUCCGGAUGGAAAGAUCGUUAUUAUCGAGCAAAGUUUGAUGUAGGAUCUGAUGACGUCGAUUUCAGACACCGUGUCGCUUGGGCUUACGUCGAAGGGCUCUGUUGGGUACUCAGAUAUUACUAUCAAGGAUGUUCCAGUUGGGAUUGGUAUUUCCCGUAUCACUAUGCACCAUUUGCAAGUGACUUUGAGACUGUUGGAGAAUUCAAACCAGACUUCACGAAACCAACGAAGCCAUUCAACCCAUUGGAGCAACUGAUGAGUGUGUUCCCAGCUGCUUCCAAGCAACAUCUUCCAGUGGAAUGGCAAAAGCUUAUGAUUGAAGACGAUUCACCGAUCAUCGAUCUUUAUCCAGCAGACUUCCGUAUCGAUCUCAAUGGCAAGAAGUAUGCCUGGCAAGGUGUCGCUCUUCUACCAUUCGUCGAUGAGCAGCGUCUUCUGGCUACUCUCAAAUCUGUGUAUCCUACACUGACUGACGAGGAGAAGCAGAGAAAUACACGUGGUCCGAACCGCAUUUUCAUUGGUCGCAAUCACAAAUCGUUCGCCUUUUUUCAACAAGUAGCCGAAUCAAAAUCAACGGAUAUGGUUGAUCUGGAUCCCUCACUCCUCAAUGGAGUCAGUGGAAAAAUUGCUUCUGAUUCAACCGCCACUGCUCCAGGAUUACCAUUCGUUUCUCCAGUUAAUCAUGAAGAUUGUCAAGACUUACCUACAAACUGCGGAAUUUGUGUGCUCUACGAAGAUCCAGAGUAUCCAGAAAACUACGUCUUCCCAGCAGUUCGUCUCGACGGUGCCAAAGAACCUGAGAAAACUUUGAAACCAGAAGACUGGAACGAGAGGAGAGAGGGACGAUUCAACCCAACUAUUGGAUUCAAUAGAAAUGCUCCACGUGGAGGACUCGAUCCAUCUGGCCAACGCCAUAUCAACCAUCAUGUUAGAGGAGCGAUGAGCGAUCGUCAAGGUGGUGAUAAUUACAGAGGCGGAUAUCGUGGAUAUCAAGGAGGCUACGAUGAUAGAAGAGGUGGACGCGGAGGUGGUGGUGGAGGUUAUCGAGGUGGAUACAAUGACCAACGACCGGAUUAUGGAAGAAAUUAUGGUGGAAGAGAAGGUGGAGGUCCUCAGCGACAUCACGAUAAUUAUCAAGGAGGUCACGGUGGCGGUGGUGGCGGAUAUCAUCAACAGCCGUACAACCAAGACCAGCGAAGAGGUGGAUAUCAAGGAGGGCGUGGUGGUGGACCCCCAGGAUAUCAACGACCACCGUACCGUGGAGGUAGAGGAGGUUAUCAAGGAAACUCCUCGUGGAGAUAA